AGUCAUUUUGUUUCAAGCGUUGAAGGGCAGGCCUGUCGAGAAGCUGGGCGGCCCGCUCAUAUUUGCAUGGCCUUCGCGGCUCGUCGUCGGCAAUGUGGCAGAUUCGGCCGUCUCUUCAGUCAUUCUCGGCAUCCGCACGCUGCAGUGUCUGGCCCCGCGGCGCGCCGCGCUACUGCAUCAUCGGCUGGCGACUUCCGCAGGAGCGCCCGCGUGGACGGUGUGACACUGGUCACUGAUCGGGACGGCGCCAUGCGGGCUCUCGGGAUACUGGAGCGACUGCGCGAGCGACCGCACGCUUGGGACACAGAGACUGCGGGGGUGCUGCUGGGAGCGGGGUCGCAGCGGCAGUCUCCUGUGAACCACGGCCGCGUGGUCUGCGCGACCUGCUACUGCGGGGACGACGCGGACUUCGGCUCCGGCCCGCGCCUCUUCAUAGACAACUCGGGGCCGUCGGAGGGACUGCUGGACUGCUUCCGGGAGUACUUUGAGGACCCGGGCUUCCAGAAGGUCUUCCACAAUUACUCCUUCGAGCGGCACGUCCUCAGGCGGCACAACAUCAGGCUGCGGGGCCUCCACGCCGACACGCUCCACCUGGCUCGCCUCUUCGACACCUCCUUGGCCUCCUGGGAGGGCAGCGUGCGGGACCGGGCUGAUCAGCGGUCGCCCGCGCCAGCGUCGCCAGCCGCCAUGGCCGUGGGCGCCGUGGGCGCGGCUGGCGCAGCCGCGGCCGAGCCGGUCUCGCGGGCAGUGCUGGGCGUGACGCUCGGGCGCAGGCCCCUCGAGCGCCGCCUCUGGGAGGGGGUCAGCGGGCUGCACACCUCGGCCAGCGCCGGCGGCAGUGCCGAGCGGCGGCCGCCCCAGAGGGCGCCCCCCAGGGGUUACCAGCUCAAGAGCCUCGCGGCACACUUCGGCCUCGCCAGCGGGGAGCCGCAGCGGCCUCAGGGCUUCGCGGGCCUCUUCGGCAACCACGCCACCGCCGCACAGGAGGCGCUCGACUCGCCAGAGCGCUUCGCGGGCUUCGUCGGCUAUGCCACACAAGACGCCGUUCUCACCCACAGGCUCUUCGAGCACCUGCGGGGAAACCUCCGCGGUCUUCCGUGGCACUCUCAGGUUCACCAGCGUCCUGUGUUCGAGGUCAUGAAGGAUCCUAUGGUCCAGAAGGAGUUGCUUAUGACGAAGUCCAGACCCAGAACCUUUGAGUCUUUGCAGUAUGCCACUGGCAAGAGCAUGUGGAGCCUCUUCGAGCGAUACAUGCGCGACUUUGCUGAAUGCCUGGCCGACCUCGAGGAGGUGGGCGUCAGGGUGGACCGCGAUGCCCUGCUCCUGAUGGAGGCGAGAGCCACCAAGGAUGUCGAGGAUCACACGCGGGAGUUCGCCGACUGCAUGGGGUCGCUCCGUGGCCCAGACGGCAAGACGAUGAAUCCGGAGGCGGACAUGAUCAAUGUCCGGAGUUCGGCGCAGUUGAGGCUGCUGCUAUUCGGGGGUGCCGAGAACAAGCGGAACCCAGAGGAGAAGCUAGAGGCCACCAGACAGUUCCCCAUACCCAAGGCUGCCCGUGCCGAGAUGCUGGGAGCACACCGCUUCGAGAUCAACAGCCUCGAGCUGACCCCCGGGCUAAAGCGCAAAGACUACUCCGAGUCUGGCUGGCCCAAGACGGCCGCGAGCAUUGUGGCGCAGCUCGCUGGCGACGUGCCUGUUGGCAGAGACGCGACCCCUCCCAAGGACGGCGCCGCCAAGUCGCAGCUGAUCAGCAGGGGCUACACCCAGAAGGAGGCCGAGCGGGCAUCGCAUGGGCUGCUCGAGCUAAGCAGGGCGACACGCACGAAGUCUAUCCUAACCGGCUUCAUCCAGCCGCUGCUGCAGCAUAGUGAGGCUUCCGGGAGGAUCCACCCAUCGUGGCAGUUCGACACUGCUACUGGGCGCCUGGCGUGCCGGGCGCCCAACCUGCAGAAUCUGCCGUCGGCUGCCAACGACAGGUACGGAAUUCGCGACGCAUUCGUGCCGUCGCCCGGGAGUCUCUUCAUCGUGGCGGACUACGCGCAGCUGGAACUCCGUGUGCUGGCCCACGUUGCCAACUGCCCGUUCAUGAUCGAUCAGAUUAAGAAGGGGGGCGACUACCACUCAGAUGUCGCGGCGCAGAUUUUCCCGCACGUGAGGAAGGCUGUCGAGGCUGGGGAUGUCAAGGUGAACGACGACGGCGGAGUCUCGGGCAGGACUGUCAAGGACGUGUUCAAACAGGAGAGAUCCCAGGCCAAGGCCGUGACUUUUGGCAUCAUCUACGGCAUGACCGCCUCUUCGCUGGCGGAAGACCUGAACGUGGGUGCCGACACGGCUCAGGGGCUUAUCGACGCCUGGCUGCGGUACAAGCCGGCGGUCAAGAAGUGGAUGGAGCAUAUAAGGAGAGACAGCAGGAACAGCCGCCGCAGUCUGUCGAUGCUGGGGCGCCCGCGCACGCUGCCCCUCAUCGGCGAGGAUUCUCUGCCGCAGCACCGCUAUCGUUCCGAGCGCGCGGCCGUGAACUUCGGAAUCCAGGGCUCGGCCGCAGACAUCGUGGUGGCGGCCAUGCUGCGGCUGUGGCGUGACCCCCGCCUGGCCGAGUGGGGCUUCCGCCUCGUCAUCCAGGUGCACGACGAGUUCGUGCUCGAGGGUCCCGCAAACCGUGCGAGGGAUGCGGCCGAGGUGGUGCGGGAGAUCAUGGAGAAUCCAUUCAGGGAGCACAGCCCAGAUUUCAAGCUGAAGGUUCCGUUAGCGGUGGCGAUGACCUUGAGGGGCUCCCUGGGCGAUGGGAGCUGCGAGGAGUUGCUUGAUCCUGGGAUCGCGCCGUGCGCGGAAGCACGGCGGAGUCCUCGGCAGGCAAGUUCGGCCCGGAGACGGGGUGGAGAGCAACCUCAUGGGGCCUGCUCGUAGCUCUACCCUCUGGGGCCCAACGGUGUACACCACCGCAGCUGCGGUGUCGAAAGACGGAGCGUUUCAUAUUCGGAAGCCGGGUCACCUGCAGGGGUGCGAAGAUAGUCGCGUUUGGUGCUUCGUGGUCUGGGCUGGAGGGCCGGCCUUCGCAUUCUCACAGCACGACUUUUGUGACUGCAGUGUCUUCAUCCCACCUCCCACUCCCAGGAAAUAUAGAAUGUGAAGGGGAUGAGGAGGUGCGUGCAAGUGGUGUAUAUUCUGGGCCCCGUGAGCCCUCUUCCCUCCUCUCCCGCCGCUGGGUGCGCUAGCAGCCGCUGUGAGCAGCGUGAUUGCGCUGGGACGUCAACGGGCGCGUUGACCUCAUCUUCCUUCCCCCCCCCUCUCCCCCCGGUCUUCACCUCCUCCUCCUUUUUCGUUCCCUCCUUGUCCUCCAGCACAUCAAACCAAUUUUUGCAGAAGCAUGCCCGAACACGGAGCAACGCCAGCGACAGCCAUGCCCUGACGGGCGUUCGCAAGGCAAGACCUUGUCGCAAUUGCCUCUCCCCCGAACGCCGAGCAUGUCAAACGAUUGCCAAACCGGUGCUUCCACAGAAAGGGUCCUC